GGGGCAGCAGUGGAGGAGAUCUGGAGGGCAAUGGUGACGUGGGCAGCAGCUGGCACGCUCCCCCGACCACCUGGCAGAGGAGGAGUCGUGGGGGCGGCGGCGCGAGGGCUGGGCGGUGGUCGUGCGUGAGAGGCGUGGAACGGCGAGGAACAGCGGCUGACGGAACGACCACAACCACCCUACAGGCAUCGUAACACAACGACCACUGGCUUGGAUGCUCUCUACUACCUCAAGCGCACGUGUAAAGCGAAGAACUCAGCGAGAGGUAUGAAAUUGCAGCAGGAGAGGUGGUGGUGGUGGUGGUGUGUGGCUGCAGUGAUGGGUGGAGGAUGGGUGGGCGUGGUGGAGGGCGUAGCAGGCGUAGAGGAACUGACACGCCUGCACACUCUGGAUGGGGUUAUCACGGGUCUACUACGGGCGCACCUCCACCUUCACCUGCCUGAAAACCACCUGCCCGAGAGUCCAUCCCAGUCCACCCCGCCCCUCGCCGCCCAUCUGCCCCACCUGGCCCGCGUGAGAAGAUACGUUCAAGAAUACAUUGGAGACAGCACAAUUAUCCUGAAGGAGGGGAAGGAGGAGGAGGAGAGGACAUGGGAGAGGGCGUGGGAGGAGGGAGGCGUGGCUGGGGACCCCCUAAGAAGCUUGGUGGUGGCGCGGCGUCUGGCGAAGGACUGGCCUAGGUUGAGGGACAUGGCGCCAUCCACUUUGAAGGAUUGGAAGGACAUCGAGGUGGCAGUGGAAGGGGUGGAGAAGGCGCUGAGGAUGGAGGCAGGGAAAGACAUCUACCUGGAGGCCCUGGAGGAGUCCUUAGCUUACCUCCACCACCUGUACCACCUAGACGCCCUCCACCUAGCACGGGGCCGCCACACUAACACUCCCAGUCACCACCACCUUGCAUCGCUGCGUGUGGAGGACCUGGUUGGGGUGGGGGUGGCGGCGCUGGAGGAAGAAAUGUAUGGACCGGCGGUGGAGUGGCUGACGGCGGCACAGCACUUGAUCAAUGAAGACGCAAGCCAAGGCGUGGACUCAAGAGCACUGAAGAGGCAGAGGCAACAUCUGUCCCUGCUGUUACAAGUGGCUGUGGCAGCACAUGAUAACAAACUGGCAGCAGAGGGAUUCGAGGGGCAGAGGGGAGUCUAUCCAUACCCGCUAUCCAAGGUGCCGCUCAAGGACCAGAAAGCCGUAGAGGAGAGUAAAAAACCAGCCCUACCCCGCCAGCUGCCCACCGACGUCACCUCCUUGCCUUCCGACCACCACGCGCUAGGCUAUCUCUGUCGCGGCCAUUCCCUCAGGAGUGCUAGGCAGGAGGGACGUCUUCGCUGUCGGUUAUCAUCUCGGGGCAGCGCCUGGCUCACCCUCAUGCCCGUGCUGGAGGAAGACCUGAGCCUCGACCCGCCCGUUGUGUCCUUCCACCGCAUCCUCUCCGACGCACAGCUCACCACACUCAAACACCUCGGCGCCCCUAUUGUGUGUCACAUGCCGGCCACUGUGCAGGGCGUUGAGGGGAAGCAGAUCGCUCGUUAUCGCGCCUCCCACACCGCCUGGCUCGGGGGCGGGAUACACCCCAUGGUUCGCUCCGUCAACCGCCUCGCCGCGGCCCUCACAGGGCUGGCGGUGGACGAGGCAGCGGGGGAGGCGGAGAUGCUGCAGAUCAACCAGUAUGGCGCUGGAGGCCAUUACGUGCCACACAUGGACUUUGUGGCACUCUACCGCAACAUUUGGGAAGCAGGACUCCUCAACCACACCCUCCUUCAGGAACACCCACAAGGGGACCGCAUCGCCACCCUCAUGUUCUACAUGAAUGACGUGCCAGAGGGUGGGCGGACAGUUUUCCCCAGGCUAGGUGUGGGUGUGGCACCUGAGAAAGGCAGUGCCAUCUUCUGGUGGAACUUGCUGCCAUCAGGGAAGGGUGAUGAACGCACACUGCACGCUGCCUGUCCUGUUCUGAGUGGCACCAAGUGGGUGAGCAACGUGUGGAUCAAAUAUUACCCACAGGUGCACCACAGGCCAUGUGUGGCUACCACAGUGAGGCAGUGACAACUGAUGCUUUCACUUGUUCUGCCACUCUAGUGAAGCAAUUGUCAUGUCAAGUUAAGACUUGUGUAUUGUCUGAGUAGUAUAUACAUACAUACAUUUUAAAAAAUUUAAUUUUAUUUGUACAGAUCCAAAACCAUGAUUUCUUAGCAAUGUAAUGUAACGAUUGACUUUUUUGGGGAUAUGUAUAAAAAUGACGAGUUAAUAAAAAACUUUACUAUCCUAAAAACAAUAAAAGUGUCACUUCAUCUUGUCACUAAGUAAUGUGUACUUCACAGGAAAUAGAGUUAAGAAAUUAACAAUAGAAAUUUUUAAAUGUUAAUCAAACGUAAGGUAUUCACCAAAGUUUUCC